AUUUUUGGUAUUUGAUAUUUUCAUCUGUAGUAGAUGCCUGAAAUACAAUAAUUAAGGCGGCUACAGACGCACGCUGAUGACUGAAUUUAUGAACGCGUGUUCAUUAACGUGCAUGCAUAGACACGAAUUUGCUUUAUGUACAGACGCUCAAACUUUUCUACCGACUUUUAAUCGGUGUGCGCGACGGAAGAAGUUGUGAUGUCGUCCGAUGAGGAGCUUGCUGUUAUGGCAGUGGCGUGCGAUUACGUUUUAAAAAGUGCCAAAAAGUCGAAAAAGCGUCGUCGCCUGUAGUCUAAGGAAUGGCUUUUGAAAAGACAGUCAUUUUCACAUAUUAACUUAUUGGAAGAAUUGAAAGGAGAACCCGUUGAUUGGCGUAAUUAUCUACGAAUGGAUGAGGAUACCUAUGUAGAAUUGUUUACUUCACUAAUAAAACGUCAGGACACAGUUAUGAGAUCUGAAAUAAGUGCACACGAACGGUUAACCGCAACCCUUCGAUAUUUGACGUCUGGACGAAAUUAUUUAAGAUUAUCUACGAUAAUAUCUCCGCACGCUUUGAGCGAAAUAAUUCCUGAAACAUGCUCAUCUAUAUACCAAGUACUACAGCAAAAAUACAUGAAGUUUCAUACAACAGAAACAGAAUGGAAAAGUAUCUCUGAAGGCUUUGAAGAAGUAUGCAACUUUCCUAAUUGUGUAGGAGCCGUAGAUCGCAAACAUGUUCAAAUCAAACCACCACCGGGCAGCGGAGAAUUUUAUUAUAAUUACAAGGGUUAUAACAGUUUAGUUCUCAUGUCUAUAUGUAAUGUAAAUUAUGAAUUUAUAAUGUGUGAUUUUGGUACCAACGGUCGAAUAUCGGAUGGAGGAGUCAUAGCAUGCACUCAUUUCUACACAAAAUUAAAAAAUAAAACAUUAAAGCUGCCACCUGCAACUUGCCCACGAAACAGUGACAGAGAGCUACCAUUUGUAUUCGUUGGAGAUGGAGCUUUUGCAUUACAUAGUGAUUUCUUAAAACCUAACAGUCAAAACGACCUGAAUCAUGAUCAAAAAAUUUAUGAUUACCGCUUAUCAAGGGCACGAUGCAAAAUUGAAAAUUCAUUUGGCAUACUAUCAGCAAGAUUUCAGGUACUUCAGUCAGCUAUCAGUCUACAGAUAGAAUCGAUAGACAAGGUCGUAAUGGCUUGCUGCGUCCUGCAUUAUUUCUUAAGACGCAAAUGCAGUCAGUCUUACACACCAAUGGAUUCUUUAGAUCAAGAAAAUCGUACAGACGGAACGGUGCAAAUGGGGCUUAGAGCAAAUCCUUCGCAACUAGCAAACCUGCAACGUAGCCAUAGCAGAAACUUCAGUAGCGAAGCAAGUCAAGUGCGUCGAGAGUUUACUCAAUUUUUUAACGAAGAAGGGGCUCUGAGUUGGCAAGAACGAAUGAUACAAUAAUAAUUAAUGGUGCCAUCAUAACAAUCAAAAUUUUUGCUUUUUUCGUCAGUUUAAGAAGUAGUUUUCUGAAUUAUUAUCACUUAAAAAUUAAAGCUGGCUGCUACAAUUUGGAAGAUUGUACACCACC